GAGAGGAGGGAAGUUGUCGAAGUUAGGGGAGACGCCCGCCCGCCUGCCCGGGCCUCGCCUCUGACCGCUCCCUCCGCCUCCUCCCCGCCCGGAGCCCCAGCCAGCCUGUCCUUCCUUCCCCUCCCGUGCAUGAUGGAAACACCAUGGCUGCGGCGGCCCAGCUCUCCCUGACACAGUUAUCAAGUGGGAAUCCUGUAUAUGAAAAAUACUACAGACAGGUUGAUACAGGCAAUACUGGAAGGGUAUUGGCUUCUGAUGCUGCUGUUUUUCUGAAAAGAUCAGGGCUUCCAGACCUGAUUCUUGGAAAGAUUUGGGAUUUAGCUGACACAAAUGGCAAAGGAAUCCUGAACAAACAAGAAUUCUUUGUUGCUUUGCGUCUUGUGGCAUGUGCCCAGAAUGGAUUGGAGGUUUCACUGAGUAGCUUGAACCUGGCUGUCCCUCCACCAAGAUUUCAUGAUACUAGUAGUCCUUUGCUAAUCAGUGGAUCUUCUGUCGCUGAGCUCCCAUGGGCUGUAAAAUCUGAAGACAAGGCCAAAUAUGAUGCAAUUUUCGAUAGUUUAAGCCCGAUGAAUGGAUUUCUCUCUGGUGAUAAAGUGAAACCAGUGUUGCUCAACUCUAAGUUACCUGUGGAUAUCCUUGGAAGAGUUUGGGAGUUGAGUGACAUUGAUCAUGAUGGAAUGCUUGACAGAGAUGAGUUUGCAGUUGCCAUGUUUUUGGUAUAUUGCGCAUUGGAGAAAGAACCUGUGCCAAUGUCCUUGCCUCCCGCCUUGGUGCCACCUUCUAAGAGAAAAACGUGGGUUGUAUCCCCUGCAGAAAAGGCUAAAUACGAUGAGAUCUUCUUGAAAACUGAUAAAGAUAUGGAUGGCUUUGUAUCUGGAUUGGAAGUCCGUGAAAUCUUCCUGAAGACAGGUUUACCUUCUACCUUACUGGCCCAUAUUUGGACAUUAUGUGACACAAAGGACUGUGGGAAGCUUUCAAAAGAUCAGUUUGCCUUGGCUUUUCAUUUGAUCAAUCAAAAGUUAAUAAAAGGCAUUGAUCCUCCUCACAUUCUUACUCCUGAAAUGGUUCCACCAUCAGACAGGACCAAUUUACAAAAGAACAUCAUAGGAUCAAGUCCUGUUGCAGAUUUUUCUGCUAUUAAGGAGCUAGAUACCCUUAACAAUGAAAUAGUUGAUCUACAGAGGGAAAAGAACAAUGUGGAACAGGACCUUAAGGAGAAAGAAGAUACUAUCAAACAGAGGACAAGCGAGGUUCAGGAUCUGCAAGAUGAAGUUCAGAGGGAGAAUACUAAUCUACAAAAACUCCAGGCCCAGAAACAGCACGUACAGGAACUCCUUGAUGGACUGGAUGAGCAGAAAUCCCAGCUGGAGGAGCAACUGAAGGAAGUUAGAAAGAAAUGUGCUGAGGAGGCCCAGCUGAUCUCAUCCCUGAAAGCUGAAUUAACUAGUCAAGAAUCUCAGAUCUCUACUUAUGAGGAAGAGCUGGCUAAAGCUAGGGAAGAGCUUAGUCGCUUACAGCAAGAAACAGCAGAAUUGGAGGAGAGUGUGGAGUCAGGGAAGGCUCAGCUAGGACCUCUUCAGCAACACCUGCAAGAUUCACAACAGGAAAUCAGUUCAAUGCAAAUGAAGCUGAUGGAAAUGAAAGAGCUGGAAAACCAUAAUAAUCAAUUAAAUUGGUGCAGUAGCCCACACAGCAUUCUUAUAAAUGGUGCUACAGAUUAUUGCAGCCUUAGCACCAGCAGCAGUGAAACAGCUAACCUUAAUGAGCAUGCUGACAGCCAAGGCAUGUUGGAGUCAGAGCCCAUACACCAGGAGUCUCCAGCAAGAAGUAGUCCUGAAAUACUGCCUUCUGGUGUGACUGAUGAUAAUGAAAUGGCAACUACAGCUGUUCUUGAGAAAGUUUGUCCUGAAUUUAAUAGUGACAGACAUUCAAAAGAGGGAGAUCCAUUUAAUGUAGAAUCAAGUUCACUGACAGAUCCUGUUGCAGAUACAAACUUGGAUUUUUUCCAGUCUGAUCCUUUUGUUGGCAGUGAUCCUUUCAAAGAUGAUCCUUUUGGAAAAAUUGAUCCAUUUGGAGGUGAUCCUUUCAAAGGUUCAGAUCCAUUUGCAUCUGACUGUUUCUUCAAGCAGUCUUCUGCUGACCCUUUUGCCACUUCAAGUACUGACCCUUUCAGUGCAGCCAGCAAUAGCAGUAAUACUUCGGUAGAAACAUUGAAGCACAACGAUCCUUUUGCUCCUGGUGGAACAGUUGUUGUUGCAGCGAGUGAUUCAGCCACAGAUCCCUUUGCUUCUGUUUUUGGAAGUGAAUCAUUUGAAGAUGGAUUCGCUGACUUCAGCACAUUGUCAAAGGUCAACAACGAAGAUCCUUUUAGUUCAGCCACAUCGAGCUCUGUCAACAAUGUGGUCAUUAAAAAAAAUGUGCUUGAGGACACAUCGGUCAGAAGUGAAGAUGUACCCCCAGCACUGCCCCCAAAGAUUGGAACUCCAACAAGACCCUGCCCACCACCACCUGGGAAAAGACCCAUCAACAAAUUGGAUUCUUCUGAUCCUUUUAAACUGAAUGAUCCAUUUCAGCCUUUCCCAGACAAUGAUAGCCCCAGAGAAAAAGAUCCUGAUAUGUUUUGUGAUUCAUUCACUUCUACUACUACUACCACUACCACUACCAAUAAAGAGGCUGACCCAAGCAAUUUUGCUAACUUCAGUGCUUAUCCCUCUGAAGAAGAUAUGAUUGAAUGGGCCAAGAGGGAAAGUGAGAGAGAGGAAGAGCAGAGGCUUGCCCGACUAAAUCAGCAAGAGCAGGAAGACUUAGAACUGGCUAUUGCACUCAGCAAGUCGGAGAUAUCAGAAGCAUGAAGAAUUCUCCUGUCCUUUGUCAACCAUACAAUAUUCUUCCUAAAUACUGAAGCUCUUUACAGUGUCUUAUCAAAACUACCUAUGAGCAUGGGAAUACAAAAGGUUUGAGAUUCCUGUAAAUGUGACAAAAGUUUGUUUUUGUUUUUUUUGUUUGUUUCUUACUCCAUUUCAGAUUUGUCUUCCUGCCCUCCCCCCAACCCUGGCCCCUAUAAAAGCAGUAAUCCAGUCAGACAACUUCACCUAGGCUCCUGUUCUGAUGUGCAUUUACUGUGAGCUUUUGCCUGCCUAUGCUACUUUUACUUGUAAAGCUAGAGAACCCAAGCUUCUGCCUUCUGGAAUAUAGAGAAAUAGUUCAUCCCUGUGCUACCUGUGUUCUGUAGUUAAUCUGAUGAUAGCCGGUGGGUUUCUUAAAGUUUGCAGUAUUCUUUGAUUCGAAUGGUCAAGGGAGGGGAAGGGAAAGAACAUCCUAUUUCUUUUAUGAUAGUGCAAAUUGGCUAGUUUAAAGCCUAUGUUUGUAUUUCCUUAUAGUUAAAAUACUGUUCAGUUUUUUUAUAGAUAAGAAAAAAUGCUUUGCAUAAAUUGACUCCAUUGUUGAAGGGAUGCUUUAAGUUUGAUCCAUUAUAGUUUCAGAAUCAAUCUUUUCCUAAAUAAAAAUGUUAAAGCCUCAUGUGUGAAAUAUAUUUUUUAAAAAAUUUCUGUGGAUUUAAAGAAUUUUAGAUGAACAGCUGUCCAUAAUUUUGAGUGCUAGACAGUGGAGAAUAUGUAUCACUUAAGAUAUACCUAGCAGUGUAAGGUAAGCAAAAAUCUAACAUGGCAGCCAUUCUGCCAUUGCUAUGGCACUGUCCCCUUUAGUUCAUGGUAGGUUUAUUUUUGUACUUUGCAGAAGAAAUUUUAGCAUGUGAGAACUGGAAGGUACUUUAAACUUUUGUAUAUAUAUAUUUUUGUUUUCUUUAAUGAAGGCUCACUUACUUGAAAUGUAAAAACUUUCACUGAACACAAAUGGGAAAAGUGACAUGUAUUAAAUCAUAUUAAUUGCUUUUUGUUCAUCUUUGUGGUUAAAAUAGUUUAUUCUCUUCCUGGUUUUUGCCUAGAAAAUUGGUGGGCUAGCAAGAAAAUCUUGUUGUUGUUGUUGUUGUUUAAUUGAGAGAGAAGAGACCUAUCAAAUUGUCAAAGUUCUUCAUGUGUUAAAAGCCUGUCUCCUGUGAAACUGAGCUAGCAGGCAAGCUGAAUUUGAAAUAGACUGUGAUGUAGGCUAUAAACUGUGGAAUAACCUUAGUUUUCUUUUAACAUCAGUUACUGACUUAGGUAAUGUAUUAAAUACCAAGAUAAAGAAAAAUGCACCUACAAACUAAUUAAAAGUCUUUGUGGUCACCAGGUCAAGAUGGUAUUGAUCUGCAUUAAUCAGAGUAACUUACUGCCUAGCCUGUGAAUAAAUUCCAAAAUAGCCAAUUCA